GUGAAAUCCUCACCAUCUCAGGAUCAAAGGGUGCGAAGAUUGGAUCAAAGCAAUGAACACACACCCGAAUUUGGUGCACCCACCCCUAGGGAGCUUGGUUUGCCCAUUCUCCCUAAAACUGACCAGAACGCCCCCCUACCGGAUGAGAGAGGCACAAGAGGCAGGGACACUGACAAGGAUGUGGACCAUCAAGGUAGAGGCAGACCUUCUGAUGACAGACGCGGAAGAGGCCGGGACUUUGACCGGGACGCGGGCUAUCGUGGUCGGAACAGAGACUUCGACGAAGUUUCCGAUCGUCGAGGAAGAGGAGACAAACCAAAGAAGAAUUACAAUCGGAGACAGCGGGAGUUCGAUGAUGAGCAUGACGAAGACUUCGACUACGAGCAGGCAAUGGCUAUACGCGAACAACGCAUACGCGCAAGGGAAGAGAAGAAAGCUGCCAAGGAGGCACUGGCACCUAAAACGAUACUGUUGCCUGAGUACAUCACGGUGUCUGACCUAGCAAAUGCCCUGCGCGUCAAACCUCGGCAGUUCUUGAAGGAUCUCGAACAGCUCGGUUUUGAGAACAUUCUCCACGACAGUAUCAUGACAGGCGAGACUGCAGCUCUUGUUGCUGCCGAAUAUGGCUUCGAGCCCACAGUCGACUCGGGCGACGGCCGUGACCUCAAGCCGAGACCACCACCGGAAGAUUUAUCGAGUGUGCCUCCCCGGCCACCCAUCGUGACCAUCAUGGGCCACGUUGACCACGGCAAGACGACAAUGUUGGACUGGCUGCGAAAGUCAUCUGUUGCAGCACAGGAACACGGCGGUAUCACACAACAUAUCGGUGCCUUUUCUGUCAAGCUCAAAUCUGGCAAGCUUAUUACGUUUCUGGAUACGCCUGGUCACGCCGCGUUUCUGAGCAUGCGGCAGCGUGGUGCUAACGUUACGGAUAUCGUCGUCUUGGUGGUAGCCGUCGAUGAUAGUGUGAAGCCGCAGACAAUUGAGGCCAUCAAGCAUGCUCAGAAUGCCAAGGUACCCAUGAUUGUUGCCAUCAACAAAAUUGACAUUGACGAUGACCCGAAGCGCAUCGAACAUGUCAAGUCGGAUCUGGCCUCCAACGGGGUGGAGAUUGAAGACUUUGGUGGCGAUGUGCAGGUGGUGGCAGUCAGCGGCGUCACUGGCCGGGGAAUGGGCGAUCUCGAAGAGAGCAUCCUGACACUGUCUGAGAUCCUCGACAUGCGCGCUGAGCCUGACGGAAUGGCUGAGGGAUGGGUUCUUGAGGCCAGCGUCAAGUCGGACGGCAGAGCAGCAACCAUCCUCGUGAAGAGGGGAACACUGCGUGUCGGCGACUUGAUCGUUGCAGGAAAUACCUACACCAGGAUCAGGACCAUGAGGAACGAGGCCGGCACAGAGGUCAAGGCCGCCGGACCGGGAACUCCUGUGGAAAUCUACGGUAGCUGGAAGCAGCCACCAAUGGCAGGAGACAUGGUCCUGCAAGCACCGGAUGAGAGCACAGCGCAGUCAGCGGUUGGCUACCGCCAGGAAGUUGCAGAUCGAGCGGAAGCUGCUGCGCAGAAGGCCCAAAAAGAACUGUCAGAUCGGGAAGAAGUCGAGAGAAAGGCUUUGGAGAAGAUGAUGGAGGAACAACGCGAGGAAGGCGACGAGGAUGCCACGGUCGAACCUGAAGAAACAGGCCCCAAGAUCUACAACAUCAUUGUCAAGGGUGACGUGAUGGGCUCAGUCGAGGCUGUCACCAACGCCAUUCAGGAGAUUGGAAACAACGAAGUUCGGACACGCAUCCUGCGAUCCUCACCGGGCCAGAUUACCGAGUCAGAUAUCGACCACAUGGCAAUGGCUCAAGGCUGCAUCAUCAACUUCAACACGGUCGUGCCGGGCCCCAUCCUGCGUAGGGCAGAUGAGGCUGGCGUCAAGAUUCUGGAUUAUAACAUCAUCUAUGAAGUAGUUGAUGCUGUCAAGAAGCAGUUGUCGGAGCUGCUACCGCCCAUCAUGAGCCAGAGGGUCCUGGCCGAAGCCGAAGUACUCCAGGUCUUCCCCAUCAAUAUUGUAAAGAGAGUAUACAAGAAUGUCGCCGGCGUGAAGGUCAAAAACGGCAUGGUGACAAGGGGUGGCCUGUACCGGAUAAUGCGCGACGGAGAAAAGAUCCAUGAAGGCAAGCUUGCAGCCCUCAAGCAAAAGCAAAAGGACGUCAGCGAGAUGAGAAAGGGCACCGAGUGUGGUAUGAUGUUUGAGGAUUACGACGAUUUCCAGCCUGGCGAUGCCAUUCAACUUUACGAGGAAGUACAGGAAAAGAGGUACUUGUAGAAAGAUAUAGAAGGCCGGGCUUAGACACCAGGAUGCAUCAGCAAAGCGGGCACGGACACUUUAGAAAUGUUAUCUCAGCUCAGUUUACUGCCGCCCUGAGGCGCCUUCACAUGGGUUAUGAACCAACGCACACGUGUACAAGGCUUGAUUUGAAGAAGAGACAUAGACGCAUUGCUAGAUCUUUUGAAUUAUGCAAUCAAGAUUUGAGGUUGAUAUAGACUCAAGACAUCAAUCACCACC